AACUACAGACCAUAAUCCACAUCCACAUCAUCUCUUCAUCUCUUUUACCUGAGAGAGAGUAUCUCCAUUAGUACUUCCACCAUGUCUGCCCGCUUUAGCUCAGGAUCAUCUUAUCAAGUUUCAAACUCAGGUGGUGGCUACGGUGGUAGCUCCUUCGGAGGUGGAAGUGGUGGUGGCUACGGUGGUAGCUCCUUCGGAGGUGGAAGUGGCGGUGGCUUUGGAGGUGCUGGCUACGGUGGUAGCUCCUUCGGAGGUGGAAGUGGUGGUGGCUUCGGAGGUGGAAGCUAUGGUGGAGGGUUUGGUGGUGGAUCAGGUGGGGGAGCCAGUUCUGGGUUUUCUAUCAAUGCUGGGGGUUCAAGUAACUUCACUGGAAAUGAUAAGCAGACCAUGCAGAACCUCAAUGACCGUCUGGCUACCUACCUAGAAAAAGUCAGGGACCUGGAAACAGCUAACGCUGAGCUGGAGCUCAAGAUCCGUGAGUGGUAUGAGAAGCAAGUAGGUGCUGCAGCAGGUGCAGGAGCCAAAGAUUACAGCAAGUACUAUGAAAUCAUCAAUGACUUGAGGGGAAAGAUCUUGGAUGUCACUGUUGGGAACUCCAGGAUUGUCCUGCAAAUUGACAAUGCCAGACUGGCUGCUGAUGACUUUAGAAUGAAGUAUGAGACCGAGCUGGCUCUACGCCAGAGUGUGGAGGGUGACAUUGCUGGCCUCCGCAGAGCCUUGGAUGACCUGAGCUUGUCCAGAGGAGACCUGGAGAUCCAAUAUGAAAGUCUAACAGAAGAGUUGGCUUACCUCAAGAAGAACCAUGCAGAGGAAUCGCAACAGGCAAGAAGCAGUGCUGCUGGCCAGGUCAAUGUAGAGAUGGAUGCUGCUCCUGGAAUAGAUCUCACUAAGAUUCUGAAUGACAUGAGAGAAAAUUAUGAAAACCUGGCUGAGAAGAACCGCCGAGACGCAGAGGCAUUGUUUGCCCAGAAGAGUAAAGAACUUAACCAGCAGAUCUCAGUCGGUGUGCAAGAAGUACAAACAACCAAGUCUGAAAUCACUGACCUUAGACGGACCCUCCAAGGCUUGGAGAUAGAGUUGCAGUCUCAACUGGCACUGAAAAAAUCUCUUGAAGACACCUUCUCUGAGACAGAGGGCCGUUAUGGAGCACAGCUCCAGCAGCUCCAACUUGUCCUCAGUGGGCUAGAGGAGCAGAUUUAUCAGGUCAGAUCAGACAUAGAACGCCAAGGCAUGGAGUACAGAGAGCUGCUCAAUAUUAAGAACAGAUUGGAGAUGGAGAUUGAAACAUACCGUCGCCUGCUGGAUGGAGAAAUGGGGCAAUCUUCUACCUCUAAGUCCUCCACCGUGUCUUCCUCUUCCAAGGCAUCUUCCUCUUCCAAUGCAUCUUCCUCAUCAUCCUCUACAGCUGUUGCAGUAAAGACAGCAUCUAUUGAAGAGAAAAAAGACCCAACCAAAACCAGAGUAGUGAAGACCAUUGUGGAGGAUAUUGUAGAUGGGAAGGUCGUGUCCUCCUCUGUGCAGGAGAGAGAAGAGAAGGUGAAUUAAAAUGAAAGGUCAAGAUUCUCUUGGGACUUGUGGAGGUGCAAGGGGCUAAGCAUUGAUUCAAUUUUCCUAAAUGUAAAAUUAAUCUUUUAAAAAAUUCUUGAGAUUAAAUAAAAAUCUGUUCUGACUACUA